AUGAGUUUCUUGAAUGAACUAAAGAAGCAAAAAGAACGAUUAAGAGGAACGGAAACGGUAGUUACGCGCGCUGAUGGUGUUAAGUAUCUCGGAGGUUCUGGAACAUUGGUGGAAUCUAAGUCACCUGGAUUCGUAGUUGAUACUAAACCAGACGAUGUGCCAGUACUCAUUGUAGACUAUCUAUACAUAGGUUCACAGGAUUGUGCAGUGAAAUGUGUAUUAGACAAAUAUAAUAUUAAGCAUGUCCUAAGUCUAGGGAUAGAUGUAGAUAUUUCUUUUAUAAACCAUAAGUUUGUUCAUAUUUUGGAUCUUCCAGAAACAGACGUUAGGUCCUCUCUAGUUGAUUGUUUGCCAUUUUUAAGAAAUGCUGUUGAGAGUAAGCAAAAUGCGUUAAUACAUUGUAACGCUGGUGUAUCUAGAACUUCGAUGGUUGCCAUUGCUUACUUAAUGCAAUAUAAUUUUUUUGAUUAUGAGAUGGCUUACAAUUUAGUAAAGGGGAAGAGACCAGCGAUACAGCCAAACGCUGGAUUUAAAAAACAACUAUUGUCAAUGACACCAGGCCAAAUAAUACCAUAGUCAUUCUUUCGAUUAAAAAUUUAUAACAUGUUUAUUUUAUGUUAUAUUAUGUUACAUAUAAUGUAAUUUUUUAUUA